UAACCUAAAGCUAUAAGACCUAUAAAACAUAGUGAAACAAAUAAAGAUAAUUUCAGACUGUCAUGUACGGUUCGCUCUUGGACACAUGAUAAUUAAACUUUUUAUCUUGAUUCUAUAUUUUUAAGACAGAACGCAGCUGGACGCGUCCUUGAAUGGAAAUUUUUAGUCUGUUUACGACUUUCAUUAAAAAAAUUCUUCCAUCUUUCAAUGCAUUUUGGAUUCCAGUCUUAUUUCUUGUAUAAUCUAAUAAAAAGUGCUACUUUUUUAGGGUAUUUGCUGUAGAAAUAGUUGUUUAUAAAUAUUAAAUUGUGAAUAUCUAAUCAGGCAGCAAGACUAAAGUUUAAAAGAUGUCUUCAGGAAGGCCUAUCAAGUGCGUUGUUGUCGGCGACGGUACCGUGGGAAAAACUUGUAUGUUGAUAUCAUACACUACAGACAGUUUUCCUGGCGAAUAUGUGCCUACAGUUUUCGACAAUUACUCUGCACCCAUGGUGGUGGAUGGUGUUGCUGUGUCUUUGGGAUUGUGGGAUACGGCCGGACAAGAAGAUUAUGACAGAUUAAGACCGCUAAGUUAUCCUCAGACAGACGUGUUUCUUAUAUGCUUCAGUGUAACAAGCCCAUCAUCAUACGAAAAUGUGACUUCUAAGUGGUAUCCUGAAAUCAAACAUCACUGCCCUGAUGCACCUAUCAUAUUGGUUGGUACAAAGAUUGACUUGAGAGAUGACCGUGAAACACUAAGUCUGCUCUCUGAACAAGGCAUGUCUCCAUUGAAGAGAGAACAGGGCCAGAAGCUGGCCAAUAAAAUCAGAGCUGUCAAAUAUAUGGAGUGCUCCGCUCUGACUCAGCGCGGUCUAAAGCAGGUAUUUGACGAAGCCGUUCGCGCGGUUUUACGACCAGAGCCACAGAAGAGACACCAGAGGAAGUGUUUAAUUAUGUAAUUGUGACAAACUCCAUGACAAAUUAACGUUUAUACAGGCAGGAAUGUCUUAACAACAGUAAUAAUGUGUUUCUAUACCAGUGCAUUUUGUACAGUUUGCAUUUUCUCAAUAGCUUCAUUGCCUCAAUUUUUAAAUUUGUUUAUAACAUUCUAAUUUGUGCCAUAUGUUACUGAUCAUUACAAUCUGACUCAAACGAUUAUUAGUGACCAUCUGGAGCAUCAUACAAAUAUUUUUAGUUGUAUUCUGCUUAUAUUUAAGCAUGUGAAAAUGCCAAAGAUUUUAUGAAUAGAUGUAAGUCUCAUUAUAUUUAGUUUUGUUGUAUAAAACACUUGAAUGGUUAGAAACAAAUUGUUACUGUUAUGCAAAAUGACUGUAAUGUUAUUUUUAUAUAUGCAACUGAACCUCAAUAUUCAAUGUUUUCAAAUGAAUUCUUAUGUAAUUUGAGUAAGGACUGAAGUAGGAGCUAGUGUAUAAUGACAUACUCUUUAAUCUCGAAUUAUUUGCAAGCGAUGAGCAUUUACAAGUGACUGGGAUAUAAUGUUUAUAACUGGUAUUUUAUUUUGGAGAAUAGAAAUCGCGCUAUUGAAGUGAAUAGAUGCGCUUUAUCCGUUUUGGAUUAUCAAAUUAAUGUACUAAUAGGCGCUGGAGAUUGUUUAUAUUUAAGCUGACAAUUCAUAAUGGCAAUAAUUGAUGUAUUUUAACCGAAUGUAAUGUAAAAUCAUUGUAAAAUUAGCAUUGGCAGCUCGAAUGACUGUAAGCUUUAUACAAUGAAGUAAAUUGUUAGCAUAAAUGAUUUAACUUUAUGUUCAUUUACUAAUAUUGACUUAUUUGGUUAGCAUGUGAUUAAGUCGUGUGUUUAUAAUAAUUCAUUAGGGCGAGAUAUUUUUGUAUUGUGACAAUCUUAGAAUAAGUAUGAAGCAUUUAAAACUAACUGUAAUGAAAGAUAAGCACAACUUUUGAUCGUUGUUUUCGACACAGAAAUAGUACGAAGUGUAAGCUAGAGCGCUCGUAGUAUGGGCCAGAACACAAAAAUGUUUUAUAUACCUGAUAUUUUAUAAUCAAGUUCAAUUGAUUACUUUAUUUAGAUGAAGCAUUAUUUAAUUAUGGUUCGAAUUUAGAAUUGGGACCUGGAACACUAUUUUAUAUAUUUCGACUCUUUGUUUAUUGUCCAACUAGUAAACUAACAAACGAACCUCACGUUAUUGGGUUAUGCCCUCAUUUUGACAUUACAAUAUGUACAGUGUGCCACCUCUUCUCAUCACUACAUAUCAUUAAAGUUUUUGAUCUAGUCCCCUGAUAAAAGAAACAUGGAGAAGUAUAUUCAAUACUCAAAAUUAAUGCAUUACUCGCGUUUAUAUCACAAAGACAAGCAUAGAGUUCUCAACGUUUACAAAUGCUACCUUCAUGCAUAAAAAAUUGCGUGUAUCGUGUAAAGGCGACGUCAAAUUUAAGGUGGGCCCGAUGUGAGCUAACCCGUUAUUUUAUCGCUCAUAUCAUAUCAGUCUUAUUAUUUUAUAUACCUAAACAGCUUACACCAUUUGCAUUUAACCAAAGAUACGCGUAUUUCACCUUUUCCUUACCUGAUACAGGUAAUUUACAUAAACAUUGAUAAAUGAUUUCCUGCUCUACGAAGUUUUGUUUAAUGAAAAGUAAGUUUUCAAAGAAUUAAGAUUUUGUUUCAAUGUAAUGGGGAGAAGAUUUUUUAUGUUUAAAUAAACUUUGCCACAUAUAACGUUUACGUAAUGAGCAGAUACCUUCCCUAAUUAUAUUAUUGUUGUAUCAUCGCAAAAGUAUUCCUUUGGCAUAAUGUAACAUUUCUGUGAGAACUUCCAAUAUUUUUAUUUUAUCAUACUUCAAGUUUUAUAGUUUUGCUACUAGUUAUUGCAAAGCUAAAAUCAAUAUCUUUUCAGCUACUUACCUAAUACAGAGCUACUAUACUGUUUUAUUAUAUUCAUUACAUAGUGUCAUAAGAUUCUUUCUUGAUCCGACGAUAUCGAUUGUUUACAAGAAAAAUUAUAUUUACUAAGUUUAUUGCUAAUAUAAAUGUACUUGUUACGGCAGACGGAUAUUAGAAAUGUACUGAAAUCUAUUAUUUCUUAGACUGCUUUGAUUUUUAUGUAAAGCUUUGAAAUUAAUUCAUGUAUAUAACUAUUUAUAUAAGAGCUAAAUGCGCAAUUUAAGAAUCGUGUAUUACUGCACUUCAUAAAUUAUUGAACUAUAA